AUGGAUAGCCGGAACAGGUUUCAAGGUAAAGUCAUUGCUAUAACGGGAGCUGGUUCAGGAAUCGGUCUGGCCACAGCGCACUAUCUGGCCAAAGAAGGAGCCGCUCUCGCCCUCGCAGAUAUCCGUGAUGAAGCCCUGCAACAAGCAAGAGACCUGAUCACAGCACAAACACGGGGAGUCAAGCUUCACACGUACGCACUCGACGUCUCUAAGAAUCAGGACGUGGAAGACUGGGUCGGAGCGAUCAUCACAGCCUUUGGUCGACUGGACGGCGCGGCCAACCUCGCUGGCGUGUUCAGCCGGACCAUUGACGGCAUUUCGACGCUGUCUGAUACAAACUGGCAUUCAGUGCUCGACAUCAACUUGUCCGGAGUGUUUUACUGUCUCCGUGCACAGCAGAAGGUCAUCUCGAACGGAGGCAGCAUUGUGAACGCGUCCAGCAUUGCAGGUUUAUAUGGGCAUCCCAACUACCCGGCAUACUGCGUGAGCAAAGCCGGCGUACUGGCGUUGACCAGGUGCGCAGCGCGCGAGAUGGGUGAAAAGGAGGUCAGGGUGAACUGUAUCUGCCCAGGACGCGUCCGCACCCCCAUGAUGAAUUCGGCGCAGCAGUCCUUGUCGGGAGUCACCUUCUCCGGGAACCCAUCAGCACUGCAGCGAGAAGCAGAACCAGAGGAAAUUGCCGCUCUCAUAGGCUUCUUGCUCAGUGAUGAGAGUCGUUUUAUCACUGGAGCCGAAUAUAAGAUCGACGGCGGUAGAAUGGCAUAG